AUGAAUGGAGUAGGAACAUCGUCCCUUAUGGCGGUUGAGAAAGUGACAGACGAUGAAUCCCUCACAUCCUAUGCUCAUCUGAGUCAUCUCAAGUCCAACAUCACAGAAUCAUCUUUGAUUCUCGAAAAGCUUUUGCUAUCAACUACUUCCCCUAUAUGGGGAUGGGGGAUCAGUCACACUCCUCCCACCUUGAAAACAACUUCCCCGGCCCAUUUACAGAAGCUCACAUUCUUCAAACCUUCCCACCAACAAAAUGGCUUUGUGCCACACCAUCAUCAUCUUGGAAGUGGUUGA